AUGGAUUGGACGCACAUCUAUAUCGCCGGGGCCGCCAUGCUGGUGUUUGCCCUAGUCGGUUUGGUUCUUUUGGUCUCAUCUCAGCAUAUCAAAAUCGCCAAUAUCAGCGCUGACCCAUAUUUGAGGUUCAUAUGGGCGAGCUUCAUCAAGCCGCACGAUAAGAAGGCUGGGGGACAACAGGAUGCAUUGGAGAGUUUCUAUAGGACACAGGCCGCCAUUUAUGAUGCAACUCGUCGUCGCCUUCUCUGUGGUCGUGAGGAUAUGCUUGGCCUUGUGGCCGCACAGUUGAAAUAUAAGGUUGACAACAAAGAGGUCAAGGUUGGCAAGGCUGUCUGGGUUGAUGUCGGAGGUGGAACUGGUUACAACAUUGAAGCUAUGGGGGCAUUCCUUCCUGUGAACAAGUUCUUUGGACACAUCUACUUGGUUGACCUCUCUCCAUCUCUGUGCGAGGUGGCGCGCAAGCGCUUUGAGCGCCUCGGGUGGAAGAAUGUCACUGUUCUCUGCCAGGAUGCUAGAUCCUUCCGUCUGCCAGAAAAGGAGUUUGAUCCGCGGUCUACGAUUCCAGCAGAUGAUCGCUCAGAUUUGAUUACUAUGAGCUACAGCCUAUCAAUGAUCCCUGACUACUACAGCGUCGUGGACUCAUUGACCUCCCGUUUAAAGCCAACUGGAAUGUUGGGAGUCUGUGAUUUUUAUGUCCAAAACAUCGUGGAUGUGUCCUGUCGCAACUACACAGGAGGUGCCUUCAACCGCCAUGUCAAUUGGCUUGGGCGUAUGUUCUGGAGAGCCUGGUUUGACUUUGACCGGGUCAGUCUCGAGGCUGCCCGUCGAGACUACCUGGAGUAUAAGUUUGGCACUGUCAUUUCGGCUAGCGAGCGGAACUAUCUCCUUGGUGGUAUUCCAUAUUACAUCUUCGUCGGUCGCCCAAAGGAGAUCGCAUCUACGCCGUCAAGUCAAUCGAUCGAGAGACUGAAUGCUUCUUUUACCGAGUCACCUUACCUACACCCCGCCAAUCACCAACAGGGCAUGCAUCAAGCAGUGGUCAAAAGUUCAAAGGAAAUCCGCUCUAAAGCAUACGAGACCGCUGUGAUCAACCUGAGUGCAAACCUGCCACUCCCAUCGGCCUUCUAUCAGAACCACCACUACCGAAUCCAUUACAACGAUAUGCUACCCAAGCAUACUCAAUUCCAAAAUGAGUACAUCUACGCAUUUACAUGGGAGGAUCCGCGGGUGGACCACCGACUCCUCAACAUUGGCAAAGACGAUGUGAUUCUGGCCAUCACCAGCGCUGGUGACAACAUCCUUGAUUAUCUACAGAAGAACCCCCGCCGAGUGCACGCAGUUGACUUGAACCCCAACCAGAACCAUCUUCUCGAACUGAAGGUUGCUUGCUACUCAGCACUAGGUCACCGAGAUAUGUGGAAGAUCUUCGGCGACGGCAAACACGCGCAAUUCCGCGAAUUGCUAAUCUCGAAACUCAGUCCUCACCUGUCCAGCCAGGCUUUCCAGUACUGGCUCGAACAUGCUCAAGUCUUUAGUUCGAGCUCGGGUCACGGUCUAUACGAAACAGGUGGUUCUCGCCACGCAAUUCGCAUGGUGCGCUGGCUCUUCAAUAUCUUCGGACUACAAGGUGAAGUCCAGAAGUUGUGUGAGGCGCAGAGUCUCGCAGAGCAGCGUGAGAUUUGGCCUCGUAUUCGACGUGUGCUCAUGAGUCGACCGCUCCACUGGGCUAUUGUGAGCACCGAGUGGUUCGCUUGGAAGGCCGCCGGCGUGCCACGGAACCAACGUAACAUGAUUGUCGAAGACUUCUUCCGGCGUAACGGCUUGACGGAGGAUAUGAAAAAGGGCAAAGAUGUGAGCGGCCAGUCGAUCUGGGAAUACGUCGUCAAUACGCUUGAUCCUGUUAUCAACGAUACCCUGAUCAGCAACGACAACUACUUCUACUUCCUUUGUGUACAGGGAAAAUUCUCCCGCAGAUGUCAUCCCACCUAUCUAUCUCCCCAAGCACACGUCAAGCUAUCGACACCUGGCGCAUUUGACGGUCUUCGCAUCCACACCGAUGAGAUCAACGAGGUGAUCAACCGUAUAACCCCAGGCACUCUGACUAUCGCCGUGGUCAUGGACUCGAUGGACUGGUUCGAUCCCGCGGAGGACUCAGCCCCCGCCCAAGCCCGGACAUUCAACCACGCCUUGAAAAUGGGAGGUCGUAUCCUCCUUCGCUCCGCCAGUAUCGACCCUUGGUACAUCAAGCACUUCGAGGAGAACGGUUUCUCUGCUCGGCGUGUUGGAGCCCGUUUCCCUGGCACAUGUAUUGAUCGGGUCAAUAUGUACGCAUCCACCUGGAUCUGUACCAAGACGAAAGAUCUGUCGCGCCCCGAUAUAGACCGGAAAAUCUCGUCAUUUUCGUUGACCGAGAGCGCGAUCCCUGUUGGUAAGAUGUCGGGCAGCGUGGAGAAUCUUGUGACCUGA